CAACAAGUACCACAGUGAGACCAUGUCACUGAGGGUAAAACCUGUCACUUCUUGGCAUUGAUAACAUUAGUCAGAUAUCUGAACUCCGAGAGACUGUACAGCCUGUGCUAAUAAGUUUUAAAGCACAUAAAACAUAGUGAUCCCAGCUAAGCUGGUUCACCAACCACCAUUAAACCCAUUGACAUGGUGGAGGACAAGUGAUGUCCAAAAAAUGAAAAAGAAUUUCAAACAGGUUUGGAGAAAGUUUAAAAGGGAGAGUACAAGACAGACAGUUAAGGUUAGGGGUAGAGUUUGCCUAUGUCUUUUCUUUCUUUGUAGAUCCCAUCCCUUAAAGAUCUCCAACCUGCAGCUAUAGCCUUCUCCCGUUAAAAGGAAUCAGAACAAGAACACAGCAAAGAUGUCCAAUUCCAGAAAAGUGGUCAAGUUAUUCUAUGAUAUCAUCUCUCCUUAUUCCUGGCUGGCAUUUGAGGUGCUGUGUCGCUAUAGAAAUGUUUGGAACAUCGACCUCAAAUUCAAACCGGCAUUUUUGGGAGGAGUCUUUCGAGGUUCAGGUAACCAGGAACCUGGGUUGGUCCAAAAUAAGUUUUCUUACAUGGUCACCGAUUUGAAGCAGCUGUCUGAGUUAUUUGGGGUUCCUGUGAAUCCACCUUUGCCUUGUAAAAAAGGCACUUUGAAUGUGAUGCGUUUUGUGACAGCUGUAGCUGAGAAAGAAGAAGAGAGAGGCGUGCUGGUGGAAAGAGUGUCUAGAGAGCUCUGGAAAAAUAUCUGGAGCACUCAUCAGGACAUUACCCACCCUGCUUCACUCACUGAGGCUGGAUUAAAGGCCGGUCUCUCACCACAUGAGGUGGAGGAACUUCUAAUUCUUUCCAAAUCUCAGCAAAUCAAAGACAAGCUGAAAAGUGUGACACAGGAAGCACUGGACUAUCAAUCUUUUGGCCUUCCAUUCAUUGUGUGUCACGUGAACGGGAAGGCUGAGGUCUUCUUUGGUUCUGACAGAUUUGAGCUCAUGGCCCAUCGAAUCGGGGAGAAAUGGGUGGGACCUCAUCCUGUCAAAACCUUAAGCGAAAAUGUGAUCACUGCUCCACCUUAUGCGUCAGAGUAACUACUGCGCAGCCAUCUUUAGAAUUCUGGGUUUGAAAUUUUGUGGCAGCUUUGUAUGAGCUCUGUAUAUUGCAUCACUGUUCAAUAAAAAAGUUACUAAAGUUA